AUCCAUAAAACUGUUUCCUUCGCUAAAUUCUUGCAGUUGCCAGAAGUGGAAAUAUUUUGAAACUGUGUGUUUUCCUCUGUGUGUGUGUGUGUGUUUUUUUUUUUUCUUCUUCUAUGAAAUUGUUGUUUGUUUAAUGGAGAUUUUAAGAAUGGAGAGAAGGUUGUGACCGUUGAAUUGAAACCUUAUCUAUCUCUAAGGUCCCUAUUUUUCUGCAGAAACAACCAAGAAGGUGACCCUGAAUUAUGGGUGUAUUUUUGGCAAUGUGAUUGGAGUGGCUACAAAGAGGGGAAGGGGAAAAAGAUAGGAAUGGGAGCUAUUGGUGGGGAAGAAUUGAAGAAGUGGGAGAAAAUGCAAGGGGCUGCAUUGGGUGGUGAAGAGAAGAUCUUGGUGUUGGUAAGGUUGAGACCUUUAAGUGAAAAAGAAAUCGCGAGGAAUGAAGUUUCAGAUUGGGAGUGUAUCAAUGAGACCACCAUCUUAUAUAGGAACAGUCUCCAGGAACGGUCUGGAUUGCCAACUGCUUAUUCCUUCGAUAGGGUAUAUAGAGGUGAUUGCUCAACAAGGGAAGUGUAUGAGGAAGGAACAAAGGACAUUGCUCUUUCUGUUGUCAGCGGAAUCAACUCAACUAUCUUUGCGUAUGGGCAAACAAGCAGCGGAAAGACAUACACAAUGAACGGAAUUACAGAGUUUACAGUGGCGGACAUAUAUGAUUAUAUGGAAAAGCACGAAGAAAGAGCUUUUGUUUUGAAGUUUUCUGCAAUGGAGAUCUACAAUGAAGUUGUCCGAGACCUCCUCAGCUCAGAUAGUUCUCCACUAAGGCUGCUUGAUGAUCCUGAGAAAGGGACCAUUAUUGAGAAACUCACAGAAGAAACUUUAAGGGAUUGGGACCAUCUGAAAGAGCUUUUGUCCGUAUGUGAAGCUCAAAGACAAAUUGGCGAGACUUAUCUUAAUGAAAAUAGCUCCAGAUCUCAUCAAAUUCUUAGACUGACAAUUGAAAGUUCAGCUCGUGAGUUUAUAGGGAAGGACAACAAAACAACUCUUUCUGCUAGUGUGAAUUUUGUUGAUCUGGCAGGAAGCGAACGUGCAUCUCAGGCUCUGUCAGUUGGACAAAGACUGAAAGAAGGCUGUCAUAUUAAUCGUAGUUUGUUGACUUUGGGAACUGUUAUUCGCAAGCUAAGCAAGGGAAGACAUGGGCAUGUCAAUUACAGAGAUUCUAAGCUAACUCGUAUCCUUCAACCUGCUUUGGGGGGAAAUGCAAGAACUGCCAUAGUCUGCACCUUGAGUCCUGCCCGAAGCCAUGUAGAACAAUCUCGAAAUACACUUCUAUUUGCCGUUUGUGCCAAAGAAGUGUCCACUAAUGCACAAGUCAAUGUUGUAAUGUCUGACAAGGCAUUGGUGAAGCAUUUGCAGAAAGAGUUGGCUAGAUUAGAGAGUGAGUUAAAAACCCCCACAUCUACUUGUGAUCAUGUGGUAUUGUUGAGAAAGAAAGACCAGCAGAUUGAAAAGCUAGAGAAACAAGUCAGGGAACUAACUAAGCAACGUGAUCUUGCUCAAUCGAGGGUUGAGGAUUUGCUGCAGACUAUUAAAAUUGAUAAAACCUCCAGCCAAAAGGAUAUAUCAAGUCUACCUUCUGAAGGGAACACUUAUGAAGAUGAAUGCUCUGUGUCUUGCUCAUCAGCUGUAGGGGAGUCCUACAUCAGGGACAAUGAGAGUGAUGCUACAUCCUCUGCUGUGCCUGCUGCUGAUCAGCAUCAGAGGGGCAAACAAUCUGCAAAUUUGACAGGAGAAGAUUCCGAUGACCAUUGCAAGGAAGUUCGAUGUAUUGAGAUGGACGAGUCUAGUGAAAAGCAAACCUUUGAAUCCAUCAGCUUGUCAAAUACCGAGUAUGGAGAAAGAAUGUCAAUGCCUCCGGCUUCCAGUAUCAGACAUUCUGACCUCCAACAGCAAUCACCAAUGUUACUUGGAAAAGCAAGCAGCACCAGCAGUCGUUCUCUUCAUGGGGCCUGGGAGCAGAAAAUGCAAGAUAUCCAGAAUACAAUCAGUUCUCUUGUCAGACCUUUCCCUGAUGAGUCUUCUUCACCUGCCCUUUCAACAAGUAUAUCAGAUUCUAGAAGCCGGAAAUUAACAAGAAGCAGGAGCUGUAGAGCUAGUUUUAUGCUUGGCUCACUUUCACCUGACUCUGAGACAGUUGGAGAAAGCGAGUCCACCCCACCUAAUGUACUAGAUAAGGAUUUUACAGGAAAACCUGAACGGAAGCACUGGAAACUUCCUCUAUUAAUUUAUGGAGCAAACAGAUCUAAAUUAUCGAGAAACGAUUCACAAUCUUCAAUUGCUAGUGCUUUCGUGGAUGGGAGUAUUGCCCCUGGAGAUGUGGAUAUCCCAAGUGUUGACAAUUUUGUGGCAGGUCUGAAGGAGAUGGCUAAGCAUUAUGAUAAUCAGCUUCAUGAUCAGGCUCAAGAGGCUGGAAAGUCAAAAAGGAGCGUCAAAAGUGUUGGAGUGGACCCGAUGCUGGACUCAUUGGAGGCUCCUUCAGAUUGGCCUCUUGAAUUUGGAAGGCUACAGAAAAUGAUCAUUGAACUAUGGCAAACUUGCCAUAUUUCAUUGAUCCACAGGACAUACUUCUUCCUGCUGUUUAAAGGUGACCGUAUGGAUUCUAUUUACAUGGAGGUAGAGGUAAGAAGACUUUCCUUCCUUAAGGAAAUACUUUCAAAUGGAAAUUCAGCUGUUCAAGGCGGUCAGACAAUCACGCUUGCAUCAAGCCUCAAAGCUCUUAGACGCGAGAGAGAUAUGCUCAGUCGGCUCAUAUAUAAAAGGUUCCCUGGAGCUGAACGGAAUGAAAUAUACCAGAAAUGGGGCAUACAUUUGAACUCGAAAAGGAGGAGACACCAACUGGUUCAUCAUCUUUGGAGUGACACAGAUCUGAAUCGUGUGAUAGAGAGUGCUGCCAUUGUCGCAAAGCUGAUUGGGUUCUCUGAUCAGGGUCCGGCCCUCAAGGAGAUGUUUGGGCUCAGCAUUACACCUCCGCGGAGGAGCAGGAGAUCUUUUGGCUGGAAGAACAGUAUGACAUCCCUUAUCUGAGCUUUUCCAAAGUUUGGUAGGAAAAAUUAUAGGUGAAAUUAGCAGUAGUCUUACUAUGAAUGGGAUUGGAUUAGAUACAUGGCCAAUUCACUGAUUAGGAUUGUAUGGUCUCCUCUUAUUAGUUUGCUUAGGUUGGUGUAAUGCUACUCUGGGAAUCAAUUAUAAUUUGUCGUUUCAUAUUUGAUAAUAGAUGAUGUUUUUCUUCACUGA